CCGCCGUUGGUAACGCCGCCGCGGUAGCGUUCUAGCCCCGCGGAAGCCGGUAUUCGGCCAACCUCCGGGCGCGCACCGGCAGCUGAUGCCCUGCGGCGCGGUGGACGGAGCCGGCUGACGGUCAUCCGAGGCGGCCGCACCUUCGCGGCAGCUGCCGUAGUGGGCUUCGCACGUCGUGUGGCCGCCGCCCGCAGUGAACUUCUGAGAUGCAACCUCCGCCGCGAAAGGUGAAGGCCCACACACAGCUGAAGAACAUCCACAAUGAGCAAAUUACAAAACUGCAAACGAAACAUCAGCAAGACGUCGAGUUGCUAGAGGACCUCAGAAACUUCACCAAGAUUCGGGCUACGGUGGAAAAGGAAUACGGAAAUGCUCUGCUCAAAUUGGCGACGACGUACCUGCAGAAGAAGCCUCCUCCAGGUAUCGAGAUCAAGAGUGAAGACAGCCAAGAGAAAAAGACCGUGUUCGGCGUGUGGCGGAUGCUCCUGGACGAGACGGAGAAGAUCGCCAAGGCGCGGCUGGCCGCUGCUGAGGUCUUUUCGCAGCAGAUAUCGGAAAAUGCCAAGAACGUGCGAGCCAACAAACUACACGUGGCCAAGAAGUGUUUCGACAACCUGCGCCGAAUCCAGGAUGAAGUGCAGCAGUGCGUCCAGGAGGUGGACAAGACCAAGAAGCUGUACUUCGAGGAAGAGCACAUGGCGCACGAGGCACGGGACAAGGCACACGACGCCGAGGAAAAGCUAAAAAAGAAGAAAGGUCGAAUUUUUCAGUCGAUCACUUCCCUGCAAAAGAGCAGCCAAAAAUUCUCGUCCAGGAGGGAAGCGUGCGACAUCCAGUCGACAAAAGCCCGCAACGACUACAUUCUCGCCCUGGUGGCGGCCAACGCGCACCAGUCCAGGUUUUACGAGACUGACCUGCCCGACACUCUUCAGUCGCUAGACUGUGAUGUCUCGGAGAAAGUCAAAGACUACAUCCAACUCAUGAGUCGGACCGAGCUGCUCACCGUCGCGGCUUGCAACUCGUCAUUCUCCAGGAUUCUGGAAGACGCCAGUCACAUUACACGGCAGUACACCGUGGAGUGCUUUCUGCAGGAUAACCAAGUUCUGGGAAAACCCAUUAAGUACGAGUUUGACCCGUGCGACAACGACCAGGUGCGUACCAUCUGCACGGAACACCACGCCGACAUCUGCCUGAGCAAGGAGGCCAAGAAGUGGGCCUCGGCCUACAUGAAGGAGUGCCGCACUCUGCGCGACGCCAACAAGGAGCUCAACAGGCUGCUCGGCCAGAUUGCCAAGGGAGAAAAGACCAUGGAGGCAGCAACCGGUGAACAAGAGGACGUCGAGCAGAAACUCGAAGACAUCAGAAACAACAUCCGCAAGGCAGAGACGAGCAAAUUGAAAGCCGAGGCACGUUUGGAAGCCCUGAGAGAAGGUGGAGCACGUCUGCAAACGACCAGAAUGAACGUGGACGAGUUCCUCAAUUCGCUGGACAUCGACGCUCUUCAAAUCGACGACCUGAGCCGCAAGGGCAGCACCGCGUCCCGGGGAAGCCGCAAGAGCUCUCGCUCAGACCUCAACUACGAGGAGCCGAACGAGGCGGCGCCCUACGAGGCGGACUUCGACGGCGGGUCCUCGUCGGACACGUCAGCAGCGCCGGCGGCAUCGUCCGUCGGGGGCGGCUCGGAGGCAGACGCGCAGGUGAUGGCAGCCUCCUCGGCGCAGGGCAGCCUCACGUACGAACAAGACCCCACGUCGGUGAACUGGGAGGACGAGCCCCAGGUGUCGGUGUCAGCCAUCGAUGUGGGCAACCUGGAGGCCACCUGCGAACCACCGGCCGCCGAGGAAGAAGACGAGGCGCCUCUGCGUCUGGCAGAGGAGCGUGAAGACUCGCUGCAGAUGGCCAUCAAGUGCUUCGCGCUCUUCUCGUACGAGGCCGCCAAUCCCGACGAGCUAAGCUUUGUGGAACAGGAAGAAAUGGAGAUCGUUUCCGAAGGAGACGGCGAUGGAUGGAUAAAGGCGCGCAACUACAAAGGGGAGGAAGGCUACAUCCCGCAAAACUACGUGGAGGUCGUGGAAAGCCAGCCGGCGGGUGCAUCUGGCGAGUCCUUCUCGAGCGUAGACUACCGUGUCGAGACCAGCGACGACGUGGACGGUGACACCGCGGCUGCUGCCGUGGGCGUUGAGCCCGAGUGCGCCCAGGAGCCACCGACGACCGAACCUCCCGCAGCGGAGGCAGCAGAGCCACCCGCAGACUUCCCAAGCACCCUGGCUCCUCCCGGCGAAGUCCACCUCAGCACCACGUACUGCCGCGCCAUCUACGACUACGAACCGACAUGCGAUGAUGAGCUGGGCUUCGCGGAGGGCCAGGUGAUCCGGAUCCUGCGCACCGUGGUGCACGACGGCGUCGAUGACGGCUGGUGGGAGGGCGAGCUGGACGGCCGCACCGGAAUCUUUCCUUCUCUGAUGGUCGAGGCGCUCAAAAUAACCGGAGAGCCGCAGACGCCCAUGGAUGACCCAAACAUGGACACCGUGCCGCCGCCUCCAGCAUUUACGCCGCCGAAGCCCUCAUUCCUUGUCCCGCCGGCACAAGUAAUACUAACACAGCCCACGCCUGACCACGAGCAGAGUGGCGAAGUGGAGCAGCCGACGGAGCCAGCCGUCUCUGUACUUUAUAACGAUGCCGAUUUCCAACUGGAGCUGCCGACACCGCAACAGGCCCACUACCAGAGUCAGUUCUCGGGGUCCGAGAGCGAGUCGAGCGACCAUGACGUCGCUGGCCUCGCCGAGGCAGCCACUUACGCCCCGCUGGUGUCUAGCCCCGAGAGCCCAGUGGCUGCGGACGCCUCUGUCGCAGAAGAAACCGCGCCAGGCGGGAAGCCGCCGAGGCCGCCCACGCCACCGCACCAGCAGACGGUCACCGUGGUCAUCGACUCACCGGACGAGCCGCCCCGCGAGUUCGCCGACAGCGAAGACGAGGACAACGGUGACCAGGCGUCCGUCGUCGAAGCGCCGGCCGAGGCGUGUGCCCCUGAGGAGCAGCCGCCCAAAGACGAAAUGGUAGCCCAAGUCGAAGAUGCAGUUAGCAGCGAAGGACAAGCAACGGACUCCGGUGAGGCCAAGGCACUGGCGGAAGGAGAGGCACGGGACACCAGCGGAAACAAGCCAGGCGAGGUUUCUGUAGCGGCCUCCGCCGUCUCCGAAUCUCCAAGUGCCAGUGCCGAUCAGGCGGAACCACCCGAAGAACUUUCGAAAGAGGACCAGGCAAACAACAACGCGACCGACUGAAUGUGUUCUAGGUGACUCGACGGCAUGUACCAGCAAAUGAUGGCGUCGUCUAUAUGUUGAACGCUUCCAGCAGUGAGCGACGGUUGGGCAGAAAGCAGUGUGUGCAGAGAGGCGAUGUUAUGUUGGCUGACGGGCACUGUCUAGCUAACAGUUGUGUUGUUGCGCAUUAUAAGGCGUGCGCAUGUGAUGUAGCGGGGCAGCUGCACAAUUAGUUCCUCUGCUUGAAUACCUUUUGAUGUUUCUGUUUGAACGGGAUGCACGGUGGUGCGCUCCUCUGCAUCGCCAACAACAUGAGUAGUUACAGUUCGAGAACUCUAGUACUUUGUAUUUUUCCCUUCCUGUUCGUGCAUUUUUAUAAGGCGCUAUAAUGGGAAAGAGUUGCAUCACUAGAGCCAAGUACUUGCGUUAAUCAUUUAGCAAAGGACUCUUUAGCAUAGUACCGAACAAGUGGUGCACAGUUACUGCCGAUCAUUCUGACAAGCAGGCAACACAAAAAAAGAAACAACGCCAAAAGCACGAGGGGCAAGAACAGUGCUAAACGGAUAAACUUCUAUGGUACUUGUGCGCCCUUUCAUUUUGUGAAAUUUGCAAUGUCAAGUUAUACAUGUUUAUAUUUUCUUCGAUAAGUAUUCAACAGCUUUUACGGUCCUGCGUUCCAAAGCCAGUUUAUAGUCAAGCUAUUGUUUAUUUAUUAAAAGGAGCGAAAAUACGGAAGUGCACUACGCAAAGUUCUACGCCAUGUCAGAGGUUAGCUCGCAAAAGAUAGGUCGCCGAUGCAUCACAAAGGGGAGGCGUGUGGCUUGCAUUGGCGAGCGUUAAUAUUCUGCCACAUUACAAAGUAUGCAUCCCGUACUGCAACUAAAGUGUCUUGUGAAGUGAACGACUGCAAGUGCAGUGUUUCAAACCGCACGAGCACCAGCAAUAGAAAAAAAAAUCAUUAAACGAACUUCAAAAACUUACACAUACGAUGUCGAAGGCCUUUUUGUUUUGUUGUUGGUGUUGUUGGUCUUCCUACGCUCAACGUGUCCUACGCCUGCGAGUCCGCUCUUGAAUAAGCCGUUCUGCUCCAUAUACAGCGCUUCCUAAAAGCUAUACAAAAACAUUGUAUUGUAUUUAGCUAGGACCAACGCUUAACUCUUCGUUAUUUAGUCGUUGUUGGAAGAUUUGAAGCCCUUGCAUAUCCUUGUUGGUCCGUCAUUCUCCUCUUCUCGUGCAGCCACAUAAAUGCCUGAAAUACGGAGUAAAGUGUGACCAACAGGCCAUUCUCAUUCAUUCUUGCUUACCUUCCAGUGGUGCUGCCUUUAUUGAAAUCAGGUCUGUGCUUUUUUCUUGAUAAUUGCUGUUUCAGUACUAGGUUCCAAACACCUGUGUCAGAAUUGCCUCCUCACAGCUCAUACUUGACCAUAGUGGUACUUUGUUUCUGUGUUACUCAUUUGCGUAGUUCGACAGCUCACGUGUCUCCAAAGUUUCUCAAUAAUUGAAACGAUGUGUCUACCACCCGGCAGGUGAAAUAUCGAAUUCAUGGCACUAAGCAAAGCGCAAUUUCGCACUCAGACAGCUGAACAAGUGAUAAUUAAACGAAGCGUAACAACGGAUGGCUUGCGAUUUCCUGAGAAACCUUGUUUCAUUCAUUCUGCUUCAUUAAUACCAAUUUUUAUUGACUGUGUGACUGCUCAUUAUUCCGGUGUUCUAAAUCAUGGAAUGCACCAAGCUGGAUAUUUCUUUCUUACUGUAAUAAAAAGCGAUAAGGGCUCUGCUGAGAAGGAAGUAAGCAUCCCUUUAAAGUGCCGAGAGUGCGGGAGCAUAUUAUUAAUGUUUUCAACAGGGUGAUAGUUUGUUAAAGUGAUAGUAUUUGACCUUGCAAUGGCCAUCAGCUUCUCACCUCCUUCGAACUACUGCUGCGACAAAAUUAAACUUUAAGGAUUUUUCGUUUCUUUUUCGUAACUAGCAGCAAAACGCUCGAAGCCACACGCAAUGAAAGAAAAGAGAGAGAGAGUUACGGUGUUUUUUGUUGUGGCGGUUGUAGGGAAACACGCCAGUUAUGGCGAUGAGGCCGACGCCUGCUAUUGGGUCUAUUUAUUGAACUAUUAUAAUUCUUAGCCACCCAAAUAAAGUGUUAAAAAAGCUGGCACGAUUCUAUAAGCAAUGUAACACUGCAUGCCAGUCUUUUCAUUUGUGGCAAAGGGCCGAGUUGCAAGGAGCGUAUAAGUUAUGGGGCGUUGUGAAAGAACGGUCGUCGGUUGGAAGAAUAAUCGCAGAUGUCUUUAGAAUUACAAGUUCAACAGCGCGCGUUGUUCUUUUCGCUGGCGCAGAUUUGUUGUUGAUCUGUAAAUAGAAACAAAGGAAGCCGCCGCUGUUCGCUGUGCAUAGCGAGUCAUGGUCCGCGCCGUUGUCUGUCGACCGCGGAUGCGGGUCGUACAGCAUGUGUCCGUUUUACCGUUCCGUUAUUGUUUGUGUCCCUCACAAAAUAAACGCCUUUGGGUUCUUU